UUAUCUUGAUUGACCCGGCAUCCAAGUGGUCAAAAUUUAAGAAGGCCAAGAAGAAAAACCCAACUUCCCGUCUUGACAUUCCAAAAGGAAAGUUCAAAGCUUUGCAGAGAAUCAUAUAUACAUAAAGGGGACUGCAGAGUUCAGUGAAGAACAGAAGUUGAAGAAGAAAUGGAAGAUGUUAAGCUGUUUGGAGCAUGGCCUAGUCCAUAUGGUUACAGAGCGAUUUGGGCUCUGGAGCUCAAGGGCGUCAAGUAUGAGUAUAUAGAAGAAGAUUUGAGUAACAAGAGUGAUUUGCUUCUACAGUACAACCCAAUUCACAAGAAGAUCCCGGUGCUUGUUCACAAUGGGAAGCCAAUUUCCGAGUCCACUGUUAUCCUCGAGUAUAUUGAAGAGACGUGGCCCGGAAAUCCCUUGCUUCCUUCUCUUGAAGACCCUCAUGGAAGAGCCUCGGCGCGGUUCUGGACCAAGUUUAUAGAUGACAAGGCUCUUCCAUUUACUAUGUUAUUGAUGACCGACGGAGAAGAACUAGAGAAGGCAGCGAAAGAGGUAAAGGAGAUACUUAAGAUAUUGGAAGAGCAGGGUCUAGUAGAGAAGGAGUUCUUUGGUGGCAAUGAGAUUGGACUGGCCGACUUGGCCAUGGGAUUUAUAGCCUCCAGUUUUGGAGUUAUUGAAGAAUUGGCUGGUGUCAAAGUGCUGAAUGGGGAUGAGUUCCCUGGCUUGUGUAAUUGGGUUAAGAAGUUUAAGGAGAACCCAGCAAUCAAAAAGAACCUCCCUGACCCUGAUCAAAUGUAUGUGUAUUACAAGCAGAAGAGGGAGAUGCUUAUUGCUUCAAGGGCAGCAUGAUAUUAUAAAAGUAAACUUUCUUGUAACAGUUUUGCUCGUGUUAUGGUUAGAUACACUAUAGUUCUUUACUUCUUCAAAAAAUAGUUCUUUACUUCUUCAAAAAAAUUUCAGUGUUGUAGAAUCCAUUUGAGAAUUUGAGAGAGAAUUAUGUGCUUCUUUAUUGAUAA